CGGGACCGUCCCGUGGUUUGCCCAGCUGUGUCUCUUCCAGACAUAGCGCACACGCAAAUGGUUUAUCCGGGAACGCGGAAGCAGAACGCGUCCCCAUCGGUAUGGUCGAGGGCGAGGACCCACAAUCACCUACAUCUGGUCACCCGAGAUACCGAUGCCAGCGGUCUGCAUGCCUCUGCUAUUGUACUUUCGAUUGCCGGUAUCUAUGUGCUCCAGCAUGUCGACCGUCGGUGAAGUGGCGUCCUAGUGCUGAGCCACCAGCUCAGUUGGAAGUCGUGCUCUAUAAGAAGCAUCCCGAGACAUCAUGAUGUCCAAUCACACAUCUAUAAGGGAGCGCUCUCCCGGCUCGCUCGUUUCUUAGACUCCUUCACCAGACAUGGCUCUGAAGAAGUACUUGUCAACCUUCCUUCGUCGUCGUCGUUCCUCCUCGUCCACCGAAUCACCUCUUGAGGCGCGCCUCGAUGAGCUGCGACAAUUCUGGAAAGCAACAUUCCAGGAGUCGCUGAGUCGAGGCGACGAAUAUAGAGCGGCUGCUACCAUGCAUCUCCGUCGCUCGCAAGAGGUGCUCUCUGGCGCGGAUAUGUGGCACUUGCAGACGAUGCACGACGGGCUCGUCGUGGAGAGGGAGGAAUUGUCAGACUUUGCGCAGUCUCCCGAGAGACUGAGCUUCGAUAUUGUAUCGAGAGCUUCCCACUACAAAUCCCGUGCAAAGUCUCUCUACACGGAGGUUAGGGAGGUUGUUCGGCGGUCUCAGACCAGCCUCGAGGCAGUUCAAACUCAAUCCGAGCAUUUGGAUCAGGAAUCCCGUGUCCCAGGUACGACUUCUCCUCGUAUUGGUCAUGCCGUUGACAUUGAAAGGGAGCACAUCGAGUCUCCAUGCCAGGGGCGGAGUCAAAGCGGCAGCAUUGACCACGCGGUUCCUGAACUUUGCAAUUCUCCGACGGAUUCAGAAUUGUCGUCUAUGUACGCAUGCCAGGAGAGGCUGUCCGGGCCAGAGAUGCCGCAGUCGGCUAUUACCGACUACUUCGACGAGCCGCCGCUCUACUGCCCGUGGGACCCCCUUACGGUUGAAAACGACUUCUCUGGUUACUAUCAAUCUGAAGGAGCUGUGCGUACUGCUGCACCUCGUGGACAUCAAGUCCUAGACGGUCGCAAUCUGUGCUUCCGAACUUCUGUUCAGUGCCCAACUUGCUAUCGUUAUCCUCUGUCGUUGCAGCUCCCACCUGUUCAUCUCGGUUCCCAUGACCGUCAUUCCGUGCAAUCAGGCUACUCGGAAGUGUCCGGAUUGUCGUUGGGACCGGCCACCCCUCGUUCCUCGCCUCAGUCUUCGGUGCCUUCGCAGGACCUCUCGUCAUCUCCGAACUUCCUCAAAACGCUCGAUGAAGCGCUAAGGGGCCUUGAUACGCCUCUUCAGGUUCCGGCGGCCGGGUCGACGCUGUCUUCCGUCUCAGUCGGUCAACGGUCUCCUGCUAUCAUGGUAGAUCCAUACGUCCCAUCUCCGUUGCCCGAACGUAGCGUUGUCCGGAUGGUCUCGGCUGGCGCCCGAGGCAUGCCUGCCAAUCCUACGACCUUGCCUUUCCGUCCCAUCCCCGACUUGCGUCGGUCGAUCUCCCAGCCGCUCCUUACCUCGCGCCGAGCGCGCACGCGGCCCAUGCUCACCAAGGAGGCCUUAGCCCAGCUGAGCUCCUUCACGAGUGAAUUGAGCUCAUCUGUUACGCCUCUUAGCGAUGAUGGAUAUGACGAUGAUGAUGAUCAUGACCUUUUGAAUGACGAUUGCACCGUGGAGGUCGCAUCUGUUGUUGUUCAGCCGUACGGGCAUUCACGAACUAACACUGUUGACCUUUCAUUCAAUUAUAUAUGA